AUGUUUUGACGUUCGUUUAUAACCUAAAAGUGAAACCAAUAUUUUGAUUUUCAAUUGUGGAGAGUGUGUCCAUUUCCAAUGGAUUUUCUUCGCAAGCCACUAUCCACCCAUCAUGGAAUUUGCUGAACUGAUCACAACCCCCAAGCUGGAUGGGGUGAUUUUGCAUUCGCCAUUUCAUGAGCCAAUCGACGGCACUUUAUGCAUUACUGGCCAUCAUCUCAUACUUUCCACUAGGAAGGAAAACGUACAAGAGCUAUGGCUGUUGAUCCAGGCAAUAGAUUCCAUUGAAAAGAAACAGCCGCCUGGUUCUAGUCAGAACGGGGGCACAAUCGUCCUCAAAUGCAAAGACUUUCGCCAGUUACAGCUGGACAUUCCGACUAGUUACGAUUUUCACAAUGUAUACACCUCAAUUGAACGUCUCUCUAACUUGGACAGGGCUGAACUCUCUUAUCCAUUCUUCUAUCGGCCAAUGUACCCUCUUUUAGAGGACGGGCAUACUUUGUUCAGGCCUGAAACCGAGUUCGCCAAAUUGCUCGCUACUGAUCAAUGGAGAAUCUCGCACGUGAACCGGAACUAUUCAGUCUGCAAGAGCUACAGUUCAGUGUGGAUUGUUCAUAAGUCUGUUGAUGAUAAUACAUUGAUGGCUGCUGCGAGUUAUCGGGAAGGAGGGCGGAUUCCCCUGUUGAGCUACCGGCAUGAUAAUGGUACCGUUUUAUUGCGGAGCAGUCAGCCGUUAGUUGGGAACAGUGGUAAGCGCUCAAGACCAGAUGAGAAGAUCUUGGACGCGGUGGCGGUAAAAGAUAAAAAAGGGUUUAUCUUUGACACUAGAAGCACUGGACUAGCGGGGCACUGUAAAGGAAAGGGUGGAGGUACUGAACCAGAUAUGCACUAUGCUCAAUGGCAGAAGAUACAUAAAAACCUAGACAAACUAGUCAAGUGCGAUGGCAGCGUUCAGGACCAUUUCAGCAAGCUCAUCGAGGCUUGCCACGACACAUCCAUAUCAACAGAUAAAUGGCUGCAGCGUCUGGAAAAUUGCCACUGGCUAACUCACAUCCAAAGUGUUCUAAGUGCUGCAUGUCUAGUGGCUCAAUGUUUGGAUAAGGACGAGUCCAAUGUGUUAGUCCAUGGCUCAUCGGGACUGGAUGCCACUUUGCUGGUCACUUCUGUUACUCAAGUCGUCCUUAACCCGGACUGUAGAACGGUUAGAGGGCUGCAAGCAUUAAUAGAAAGAGAGUGGUUACAGGCUGGUCACCCAUUUCAGCUAAGAAAUGCGCGGUUUUGCUAUUCAAACGCCAAGGCCAAGAACCAACAGCCCACCUUUCUGCUGUUCUUGGACUGCAUUCACCAACUGCACUACCAGUUUCCCUAUAGCUUCGAGUUCACCACUCAGAUGCUGAUCUUGAUCUUUGAAAAUUCAUAUUUCAGCAAUUUCGGUACCUUCAUCGGAAAUAACGAGCAGGAAAGACAAGAAAUGCGACUGGCCGAGACAACGACUAGCUUUUGGUCCUACUUGAACAGGCCGGACGUAAUUACCAACUUUUUAAACCCCAUGUAUGAGCCCAACAAGGCCGCCAUUUGGCCUAGUAUAGCUCCGGUUAGCUUAGUACUAUGGCGAGAGCUUUAUCUCAGAUGGGUGAUUGAUCCGAAGCACCAAAGAACUGCCGCCCAAAAAGCGGAUGAUUUGAUUCAGAACGACAAAAAUCUUCGAACCAAAGCGAUCCGGAUGAGGAAACAGCUAAUGGACCUGCAAAAGGAGCUUCAAACCUUAACGGCAGACAGUGAGUGCGAGAUAUUGCAUGAAAGUUGAUUUAGACUGUCGCUCUCAACAAGUACGCUUAUUAAGUAAGUAAUACAAUGCGUUUUUACUCUCUUACAACUUUCCGAUUUUUUAAAUAAGGAAUCGAAUAUUUUUUUAUGUACUUCAGUAUUUGCUAUUUAAGUUUAGUUUUAUGAAUCCUCAAGUGAUUGUGUCGUUUGAGUUCUCGAACUUUUCGUUUUUUCUUGUUUUUGUCUUAAAGAACACUUUAAAUUAACCAGUUUCAGUGGAAAAAAUUUCUGGAUGGUCCAUAAAUCAAGCCAAAAAACCCUUAAGUUUGAGGAAAGUCACCAUUUUCAGGAUAAAUUUCGAGCGGUGUUGCCAAACUGCACAAAACGUUUUAAGUUAAUGAAAAUUGUUUCCUUGGAUACCUAGCAUACAGGGUAGAGUGUCCUACCGGAAACUGCUGCGAUUUGUAUCUAGCAAACUGUAAUUAGGAGAAAUUUGAAAAUUGGACAUUGUGGUGAAGUCAUUGGGGUAAGCGGUCUAAAAUAUUUUCAUGAUGGCCACACUUUAGGUUAUACCGGAAGUAGGUAUGAACUUGCUUAUUUUAAA